CCCCAAUGGGGAGUGACCAAUUAAGUUAACACAUACACAUACACAAAUCAAUAAAAGCUCUUGACGAGUAUGUUAUACUUCUAGAAUAAAUAUGAAGGGAAAAUAUUGUUAAAAGAAAACAAGUAAAUAAAACCUUUUCUAAUCCCUCUCUUUCUUAGACCAAGACCCAAAAUUGCCCUCCAUCUUUUGAUAAAGCAAGCACAAUUUCGACUUUUUUGCUAUACCACUGGUUCCAGUGUUUGUUAAAUAUUCUGUGUGAGCAGGUGUGAACUGUAAUGCAAAGUCUCUCUUGAGAAGACAUAAGAUCAGUGGAAAUACAAAUAUCUGUAUUUUUUUUCUUUUGUUUCUUCACACGUUUCUCCUACUCUGCUGUUAUUGCACUAACGUUUAUUUUUACCACUUGUCCUUUCAUUUUAGUCGAUCGAGGUGUUCCCCUGAACGCCACUCCCUUUCCGGUUGUGGCAGGCGCAGGCAGGCGUUAGUCACCAGACUUCUGUGAGUUUCAGCAAUAGUCAAACUUUGGAAUUUUGCUUGUGGAGGGAAAAAUAGAAAAGAUUCAAGCAUACUGUAUUUAAGUUGCUUCUGGCUGUAAAGCCAGCCAUGGCAAGUGCUUACCAACCUACAACAGUUCAGAAGGAAGAGAGGGAAGAUGACGGUGCUACCGCUUUUUGUAACCCGUUUCACGGUCGAAGACAUCGCGGCUUCGAGAAUGAACGUAGACAAAACCGUCAGCACGAAGCUACAAGCAAUAGGAACAGAGAAGAGAACGAUGGAGUGAAUCAGUGGCUUCUUACGCGCUGUGUUUCAAGACAAAGUGCUCAAACUGAAGACGGCAGUGCUGUGCACACUCCUACAGGUUCGGAACACCAUCUUCCACCAUUUACAGGAGCUGUUCUUCCAAGCAAGCUUAGCCGCGCUCAAACAAUCAAAAAGAAGAUAAUCAAAGGUACUGAAAACUUCUUUGGCCUUGGAGACUGUGAUGAACAACAUGACCAUCUACAAAGAAAGUGGACCCAGAGAAGAAAACGGCACUACCACAAACGUUAUGGUCUUCUGUUUGACGCCCAUGCUGAAGAUGCCGUGGAUAAUUUCCCUCAAUCAGGCAAACGUGGAACAAUUGGGACAGGCAGUAUUAGCAGCUAUCAGAGCUCGCAUCCACCUGACCCUGAUCUUGUACGAACGAUGAGUAGACGGGAAUCAGUAGCCACCAUGGCUUGGAAAAAGAUGAAGAAGAUAAAAAAUGAUCCUGGGACUUUUAAAUCCCCUGGAAGGUCCCAGCCAGUUAGUACAUUACUGGAGGCUGGGCGGAGCUUUUCACCAGCUGUUAUGUCUCAAUCAGAGGGUGAUGAAGUGGACAGUGCCUUUCCUGGUGAUGGUGGAAUCGACCAUCGUGACAUUGAUGAUGACGUCUUCUUUAAUUUUAUGAGUGAGAAACCUAGACGAAGGUUUGACAAACCAGGAUUUCUUCCUGGAAUCCAAGAAGAAGAGAAACCUGUCCCACCUGUUCCACAGGAAGCAAAAGAUGAAGUUGAGGGACCCCCGAGGCCACCCAUUCGCAGCACUCGAGGACAGAGGAUUAGAGAUAGACCCCGAGUCACUAAUGCCAAUCGUCGUGAAUAUGGCAAAGGGCUGGUUGGCAGAUGGUUAAACAGAACUAUCAAGCGAAAACGUCUGACAAGCACAAUCAAAAAACAGAUGGAAUCACUUACUGAUCAUAGACCUUUCUUUACGUAUUGGAUUUCUUUUGUACAAUUAAUUGUACUUAUCGUGGGCUUGGCCGUACAUGGAUUUGCGCCCAUUGGUUUCACAGAGACAAUAAAAGAAGAGUUGAUUGAUAAAAGUCAAAAAGGAACACUUAUUCCUACGUUUGUGGCACGGGCAGUACCUGACAACUUCUGGAUUGGUCCUGAUCAAGCGGGUUUGAUCAAAAUGGGGGCUAAGUUUGCUCCAUGCAUGCGCAGUGAUAAGCGACUGAAAGAACUGCUGGCAGAAGACAAGAAAUUUGAAAGUGACACAGGUUGUUGUGUUAAAUCAGACGACUCAGGAUGCAUCCAGACGUCAGAGAAAGAGUGUUCAACAGCAUUCGCUUACUUCUACAAGUAUUCCAAAAAGGAUAACAAUACAAGAGUUGUUUGUGGACAAGACCCAGACACGUGUUUAGAGCCUCCCUCAGUGGAACCCUAUAAAUGGGAUUCUACAGACAUCACCAAAUGGCCUGUUUGUAAAGAAUCUAAACCUAACUUAUCGCCGGCUGAAUACCCACACAUGACAUGUGAAAUCCACGGCCGCCCAUGCUGUAUGGGCAACGAGGCUAUAUGUAAGAUUGUCAGCAAGGACGAGUGUGAAUUUUAUGGCGGAAGGUACCAUGAAAAUUACACGCUUUGUUCUCAGGUGGAUUGCUUGAGUCAAACGUGUGGAAUGUUGUCUUUCCACCGCAAGGAACAGCCAGACCAAGUGUAUCGUCUUUGGAUGGCAAUUUUCGCUCAUGCUGGGAUCAUUCAUCUGGCCUGUACCUUCAUCUUUCACUUCACUAUCAUGCGUGAUCUUGAAAAGAUGGCGGGCUGGCUACGACUGGCCAUCAUUUAUAUCUUUAGUGGUGUUGGUGGAUACCUGUACAGUGCAAUUCUCCUUCCUUACCAAGCAGAGGUUGGUCCAUCAGGGUCCGUGUUUGGUGUGAUCGCCUGCUUGUUUGUUGAGCUAUUUCAGAGUUGGCAGAUCAUAGCCAGGCCGUUUACAGCUCUGUUCAAACUCUGCGGAAUAAUUCUGCUGCUCUUGUUAAUAGGCCUGCUGCCUUACGUGGACAACUUUGCUCACAUGAUAGGCUUCCUGUUCGGGUUUUUGCUCGCCUUCAUCUUCCUUCCUUACGUGUCAUUUGGCGAGUUCGACCGGCGGAGGAAGCAGAUUCAGAUUAUCGUGUGCUUUGUGCUGGUUAUAACGCUGUAUGUUGUAGGAUUUUUGGUGUUUUACAUCAGUCAAGAUGCUGGGUGCAAUGGCUGUGAGUACCUGAACUGUAUCCCCUUCACUCCUGAUUUCUGCAAGCUUGGCGGACAAAAUCCACAGCCAAGGACGCAGUAGAAGAGUAAAUUAAAAGAGUUAAGAUGUCAGAGUGUAUUCUGGAUCUUGCUGUUUGCGUGCCAUAGCAAUUCCUUUACCCAUUGGUAAAGAAUAUUUCUAUAAAUUUUUUUGCGCAUUCAAAAACACGACGUUACUUGGAGACCGCACUUCUUCGAUCUGUCUGUUGUUUCCAUGGUAACAGCACAUGCAGAGGAACUCCAUGCCGGCGCAUGCAUGCAUCCGAAAAUGUAUGCUUGAUGUUGACAGUUUAAGCUUGACCGAAUACGGCUUUGUAGUUACGAAUAGCUUGCUGUUUGCCUCGCAAACCCUGUCACAAAAAAUGAUAAUAAAACUAGGUUUUUAAGGUCACGAAUGUAUGUAGAAUUUAGGUAGACACAACUGUGCUCGACUCUUGGAAGAUGUACAGUGAUUACGACGAGCUAGCAUUCAUUCACUUCCCAUUGCAAUCUUUAGUCUGUCCACAAUUGCUUUUAUUGUAGUAAACUGGAGUGAACUAAGCGAACACGCGAGACCGCGCUUGUUCAUUUUGCUUUUUGUUUCGUGUUCGGGACGAUCUUAGAGAAAAUUCAAGAUAUGUAUUAAAACAGACUUUGCAAUC